CCGAUAGCCAAACAGCUGUUCUCCUUGCCCCCAUUUGGAGCAUUCUGGCGCAUCGUUUUUUUUUGUGUGCCUGGAGAAUAACAAACGCAAGUCGGCACGUGCAGCGCGUAGAACAGCGACGAACUGCAGCGUGAAAAACAAAAAAGUCAGCGUCGCCGCGGGAAUCUCGAUAUGCACAUAAACGAACUGACGUAAAAUGAACGCAUUGCGCAACAUCUUUACAUCGCGUACCCUCAACUACCUGCGCCAGAAUGGACAGAACGCCAUCCUCAACGCCACCCAACAACAGCAGGCGGAUGCAGUGCCGCUGCCGGAUGCAGAGAAGACGCUGAAGGAUGCCAAGCGCCCGUCACCGCUCUCCAUACCGCGCUCCAUUCUCGAUGCGUGCCAGUUUACGGCCAAGCCCUUUGACCUGACGCGCUCCACCACCGGCGCCCAGUCCAGUGGCUCCCUUUCGCCCACCACGCUGAAGCGAUUCCGGCGCAUGCAACGCCGCAUGGAGCUGGUGUAUCGUUGCAAGCUGUGCAACACCCGGAACACGAAGACCAUCAGCGAGGAGGCCUACUACAGUGGCGUGGUCAUCCUACAGUGCGACGGCUGUGCCGUGGACCAUCUGAUCAAGGACAAUCUGGGCCUGUUCACCAGCAGCGACGGCGACAGCAGCAUCAGCUCCGGUAUCAGUACCAGCAAGAGCAUCGAUCAGGUUCUAUCCGACCGCCAUGCCAAGGUGCGUGUGAUCAAGGUGAACGAGCACGGCGAGCUGAUUUAGGAAUCUAGUCAUGGCGUCGGGACGGACGACCGGCUGGCGCCAAAUUGUCAACCUGGGAAUCGUGUCAGAGUUGGACACACUCCGCGGGUGAGCGGACACCGUGAACCGAAACACCUCCAGCCUACAGCCUACAGCCCAGCAGCCAACCGGAGUUUUGGAUGCACUUCUCCUCCAAUCUGUUAAAUCGAUCGAAAUAGUUGUUGCUGUUGGAGCAACGAUCGCUCCUCGACCGGCUGAAAAGCAUGUUAAUAAUUCUAUACACUGUAAUUGUUGAUUCUUUACGAUUGGCAACCGGACCAUGAGUAAUGCACUGAUUAAAACGAACUCUCAGUUCGAAAGUAAAACGUA